ACCGAAUAAAAAGAAAAUAAUUCUACUUAUAUUGAGAAGAGGACUGACCUGAAACCACUAUCGGUGAGAUUGAGGAGUCGAAAAAAACAAAAAGAAUGGCAGAGGCGGCAGCACCUACCUCCCCCGUGGAUCCAAUCUUCCACAUCCUGAAAAUCAUACCCUACUCCAUCCUCCGCCCACCUCGGCUCCGUCUGAAGCUUCCUACAUUCACACUCCCUUCUCCUUCGACUGUCUUUGCCUUCGUCCUUCUCACCUACUUCAUGGUCGUUUCCGGCAUCGUCUAUGACGUCAUCGUCGAGCCCCCUGGUAUCGGAUCUACCCAAGACCCUUCUACCGGAUCUGUCCGACCCGUCGUCUUCUUGUCUGGCAGGGUCAAUGGGCAGUACAUAAUUGAAGGGUUGUCUUCUGGGUUUAUGUUUCUUCUUGGUGGAACUGGUAUUAUGCUUAUGGAUCUUGCUCUUGAUAAAAAUCGUGCUAAAUCUGUUAAGGUUUCUUAUGCUUCUGCUGGGAUUUCUUCCAUUGUUAUUGCUUAUGUUAUGAGUAUGCUCUUUAUUCGUAUUAAGAUCCCUGCUUAUCUUAGGUGAUAAGCUCGUUUUAUUUAUUCUAAUUUUUUGUUUUUAAUUUAAUGCGUUUUCUUUUAGACUCCAAACAGUGAUUAGUAACGUGAGAUUUACUUUUGAACUUUCA